AUGUCUCGUUUUGACGAUAUUGAACGAGCUCAGAUAAUAAUGGAAAGAGAAAGAUAUGGAAGGAAGAUAGCAGCUAUUGCAGCAAGGCAUCAUUGUUCAACUGGUGCUGUGAGAAAAAUAUUAUCUCGUUACUACAAUACAGGAGAAGUAACCGGGGGAAAACGAUCUGAUCGUUUCCGUUCUUUCUCGAAUGUCGAAAUGCAAAAAUUGGAUAAAGCAAUCAGAAGAAAACCAACAGCUACUGCAACAACUCUUGCAAACGAAGUGUUCAAAAAUACUGGUAAACGUGUUAGUCCGAGAACAAUCAAUCGUUAUCGUCGUGAAUUAGAAAGCACAUACUAA